UCAAAGCAUGGGCGGCGGCCCAUAGAGGAAUUCGUACCCGAACAGGAAAUGAAAUUCCAAUAACCCUUUCAUAUUUCAGCAGCAUAAAAAUCUCAAACACUCAUAAAUCCGAAUUCUCUCUCUCUCUCGAGCUGCUUUGUGGUCUUAUUGUGUGUCUUAUCUUCGCCUAAUCUUCCCCUCUUCUCUUUUUGCGAUCCAGUUAAUCAGUGAAACCAUGAGCGACCAAGGAGAAAAGACAUGUCCUCUCUGUGCUGAGGAGAUGGACCUGACAGAUCAGCAACUGAAGCCCUGCAAGUGUGGUUAUGAGAUUUGCAUUUGGUGCUGGCAUCAUAUUAUGGACAUGGCUGAAAAGGAUGAGUCGGAAGGUAGAUGCCCGGCAUGUCGUACUCCUUAUAACAAGGAAAAGAUUGUUGGAACUGCACCAAAUUGUGAAAAGAUGGUGGCUGAGAUGAGUAUGGAAAAAAAGCUGAAGUCCCACAAGGGGAAAGGUAAAACAUCGGAGUCAAGGAAGCAGCUUUGCAGUGUUCGAGUAAUCCAAAGGAAUCUUGUCUACAUUGUUGGAUUACCGCUUAAUUUGGCAGAUGAAGAUAUUUUACAGCACAAGGAAUAUUUUGGCCAGUAUGGAAAGGUGUUGAAGGUAUCUAUAUCACGAACAGCAGCGGGUGCCAUUCAACAAUUUCCAAAUAAUACAUGCAGUGUAUAUAUCACCUAUUCGAAGGAGGAUGAGGCAGUUCGUUGUAUUCAAUCUGUACAUGGAUUUCUUUUGGAUGGCAAACCUCUAAAAGCGUGCUUUGGAACAACAAAAUAUUGUCAUGCUUGGGUUAGAAAUGUGCCUUGCACCAAUCCUGAUUGUUUAUACUUGCAUGAGAUUGGGUCUCAAGAAGACAGCUUUACUAAAGAUGAAAUAAUAUCAGUCUAUACACGGAACAGAGUACAACAAGUUACUGGUGUCACAAAUAGUGUGCAGCGGCGAUCAGGGACAAUUUUACCUCCACCAGCUGACAAUUAUUGCAACAACAGCCUUGCUUCUGCCGCAAAACCUAUUAGUAAAGCCAGUGCAAGUAAUUCAGCAACCACAGUAAUUAUUUCUCCUCCUGAUAGUAGCUCUGGUAGAUCUGCUGUUCUCCCUGCUGGUGCUUCCUGGGGGACACGUUCCUCAAAUAAUCAACCACCUCCUUCAAGCUCUCCUUAUAGCAAUGGGCCUCUCAAAACUAAACCUGAAAUCUCCAACUGUUCGGCGACAUUUUCUGCAGCAGUUGUUAGUACUAGUCAGAGUUCAUUGCAUGCUGCUGAUCGAGAUAAGCAGCCUGCUCAUGUUGAUGAAAUCAGCAAUAAUCAAAACAGGAGCAAAAUUGAAACGCCCGAACCUUCUAUGCAGCAGCAUCUAGAAGUAGAUGAUCAAGAUUGUGUUACUGAGACCCCUUCCUCGCCAGUUCCACCUCUUAGUUCAUCUAUGAUUGAUCAGAUAAACAUUCAGUCUUCUGCCAGUGGAAAGGCUAAGCAUACAUCUGAUAUGCAUGAUACUGCAAUUUUUUUAGCUGAAGCCCCGGAUCAACGAAUUCAUAAGUUAUGCACAGACGUAUCAUCGUUAACAAUUGAUAGACACCAAUGGUCACCAUUGUCCAGUCACUUCGAUAAACCUAGGGAUAUUUUAACAUCUGAAGGUAGAACCACUAUAAAACAUGACAAGUCAGAUUCGAUAGUGAAUUUACAAAUGCAAGGUGUUGCUACUCAAGAAAGUGGUGAAGAUAUUUCCAACAUCGGGUUACCUCAAAACCCUUUAAUGUCUUUUAGUUCUUUAAGUUGGUCUCCUCUUCUCACCAACAAUAGUGGGUCUGAUAAUGAAAAUGUGCAUAAUGUAGAUAGAAAAUGUGAUUCAUUAUUAGAGACAUCAAGUUCACUAGAGUUCUUUAGUGGAUACAAGGAGAACAUUGACAGUUAUGCUGAUAGAAAAUGUGAUUCAUUAUUAGAGACAUCAAGUUCACUAGAGUUCUCUAGUGGAUACAAGGAGAAUGUUGACAGUUAUGCUGAUCAGAGGAAUAAUGCUAACAGUUUUGAAGGUGAAACUGCAACUGCUGACAUGGGAGAGAGUAGCAUAAUAUCAAACAUUUUAUCACUUGAUUUUGAUCCAUGGAAUGCACCGUUAACUUCUCCCCAGAACCUGUCCAAUCUUAGACUAUCAAACUCAUUAAAGUUGCAUACGAGCAAUCAAUCAAGGUUCUCUUUUGCCAGGGAGGACAAAUCUAUAAAACCAGCACCAGGUCCAAUACCAGAAGCUUCUUUAGGUCAUAUUCAACAAUCUUUUAAUCAUCCUCUAAACCAUGACUUGUCCAAUAUCAGAAACAUUCAAGAUAACCACGGUACUCAAAGGGGUUUCUCUCUUAUCAACAAUGAGGAUUAUAAUAUCUCACUCCGCAGCUAUCCUACACUCUUACCUAAUAAUGUGCCGGUAUCAAGACCUCAGAUGUCUGCCCCACCAGGAUUUUCAGCACCUAACAGAGCACCGCCUCCAGGUUUUACAUCUCAUGAAAGAGUGAAUAAGAACUUCAGCUUUGUCUCAGGGGAUCAAUUGCUUGAUUCUGCAGUGUUACAGAAUCACUAUCAGAAUCCACCUGCAAAUUUGAUAUUAGAUAAUGAUGGUAUUGAGUUGCUGGAUCCUGCAAUUUUAGCAGUUGUAACUGAGAAAAUUCCUAUUCACAGUGGUGCUAAUAAUUCCUCGGUAGGAUUAGAUUUGGGCCAAAGCUUUCCUACUCAGCAAAUCAAUAACUUUGAGAAUGAGCUGAGACUUCAGUUAUUAAUGCAACAGUCCCUACCCACACAACAUCAGAACCACUGGUUAGCUGACGGAUUAGAGAACUUUUCACCCUUUCAUGAAGCUUAUGGUCUUCCUCCGAGCAACAUUUCCCCAUUCACGCAAUUCAGUGUUUCACAAUCUAGAGGGCCCGUUAUGUCAAAUGGCCACUGGGAUGUCAGGAAUGGUGGGGUCAAUAGUGUAAACGAUUUGGGUAUGGCUGAGAUCUUACGAUCUGAAAGGAUGGGGGGGCUUAACAACGUCUACCAUGGAGGAUAUGAUGAUACCAAGUUCAGCAACCCUAAUUCUGGCAAUUUCUAUAAUAGAACAUUUGGGAUCUAAUACAAGUGUUUGUGAGAUUCCUUUGGCAUUCAUAAAAAAUGUGGAGCUAAUUGGGGAACUGUCUUUUAUGACACUGACAGAUAACUAAGGUGGCUCUAUCGGUGUUUAAGUCUCCAGAAUAAUCAACCUGCUGCAUGACUUAUAUCUGACAACAUAAUUGCUCCCACAAUGAUGGGAAUGCUCUUUGGCGAUUUGUCUGAGCUACUUUCAGAUUUGGUGAAGGAUCCAUCCCUCUUCAGGUUUGGUCAGAAACCAAGAGGUGAAAGAAGCUGAGAUUGAGGUUCAAAAUGAAGUUUGAGUUGGAGAUGGUUGGGGUGGAGAAGAGAGGAGAGAAGAGAAAGAGCCACACCAGGUUUGUUCCAAUGAGUGCCUGAAGGAAAGACUCCAAUACCGUCUAUUGCUCAUUUUUAUUGCAAGUACAAAAAUUGAAAGACGUGAAUGAGUUCGAAAGCUUUUUUGCUUAAUCUUCUAUUAUUUUUAUUGCUAUAGUAGAGGUAUAUAUAAUUUGGAACAUGAUUGUACAAAUGAUUGAACACUUGGGACCUGUUUGGGAUUCUUAUUUAUAAAGGGGAAAUGAUUUGUAAAAAAUCCGGUUCUGCAAAAUACACUUUUGUUUAUUCUAUUAACUGAGCUCGGGAGAAUAAGCUUUGCGC